GAGUUCUCUUGAGCUUCACUGCUCUGAACUGACUUCUUCCCCCCCAAAUAGAGCGAGACAGGGAGGGAAAGACCACCACACUGAAGCUGCCUUCAGUUGUGGUGGGGCCAGGUUCCAAGCUGGAUUGUGCACAUGGCAAAGCAGGUGCACAGUCCAGAUGAGUGAUCAAUAUCUUGCUGGCCCUAGACUUUUUUGCUAUUGUCCUGGCCCACCCCCAGCUCCUCCCACGUACUCCCCACCCAUUCUCCAGAUCUGCCCAGGCUUGUAGUUGCUAAGCCUCUUCUCCAAACAGAAACUUGAUCUUGUUGGGCCCAACAAAACUGGCCUUUCCUCUGCCUCUAUUUUAUCCUUUCUCAGUCCCGUGCCUUCUAACUUCUGCAGGUUUCAAGGGGUGUCAGGGAAGAAAUCCCAUCCCAUGGCCUCCAGCACCAAAGAGCCUGGGCUCCUGCCCUGCCGGUCCUGUGACAUGGUUUUCCGCUCUCGGACCUUGUUGGCUGCCCACACUCAACGCUUCUGCAUUGGCCAUCUGAGCCGGGAGGUGACACUUGGAGCACAGCCCUCAGUAGCCAUUGAGCCACAGGGCCCCGCGGUCGUGUCACAAGAGCAACUGGGCCAGUCGGACCAGGAGGCCAGCAAAUCGGCUCUACUGAGGCUAACGGAGGAAGUGCAAGGGCUACGGCUGUACCUGCAGGACCUGCGGCCCUGGCGAACAACAGCUGUUCCUUGGGGGGCUGAUGGGUCGCGGAGGCCAGAGGCCCUGUCUCAGGGCACCGCAGGCGGCCCGGCCGAGCGGCUGCAAACACUACACGGAACACACGCCCGGCGCCUGGCGGAGACAGAGGCACAGGGCCGGGCCCUGCGGCGACGCGGCGAGGAAUUGAGUCGGCGUCUCCAAGGCUUGGCCCGUCGGGAGUAUCAAGGAAUGUCACGCCUAUUCGGCGUGGAACAAGAACUUCGAGAACUCCGAGCGGAGGCAGGGCGCACGCGGGUUGCUGUGGAGGCCUUAGGCGCGCAGGUUGUGCAGUUACAGCCCGCGCCCGGGGCCCAGUCCUACGCCUUGCGAGAGGCAGAAAUUUGUUUUCCGUCGCUAUCAACAAACCCGGGGACUCUGGCAGCUGAGAUCGGAGCCCUGCGUCAGGCCUACAUUCGGGGAGGCGGCCGGGACCCUGGCGUUCUGGGGCAGAUAUGGCAGUUACAAGUGGAGGCGUCAGCACUAGAGCUGCAGCGGUCACGCAAUCGCAGGGGAAAACAGGCGGGUGUUGCAAAGGGGGAACUUCUACUAAUGGAGGCUGAAAACCAUCGCCUGGAGGCAGAAGUCUUGGCCAUGCAAAGGGCCACAGGCCGGCAUUUUUGGGGCUCCCGACAGACUCAACUUGUGGCAGAUCCCAGUCCAGGCUUGAGGAGAGAUGCUCCACUCCUCCCACCACCAGUGGCUCCUCCACUGCCACCUCAUCUACCUCCUCCAGGUUUCCUCUUGGGUGGAACAGAAAAGGCUCUCAAGUUUCCUGAAACCAAGACUGCGAAUGUAGGCCUGGAUCCACAGUUUCUUCUGCCCACAUCUGAUGUUCUGGGCCCUGCACCUUAUGACCCAGGGGCUGGCCUGUUCAUUUUCUAUGACUUCCUGCGAGGUCUUGAGGCUUCUUGGAUUUGGGUGCAACUAAUAACUGGCUUGGCCAGAGAUGGACGGGAUACAGGAGGGACCACAGUAUUGUCACCAUCCCUUUGCUUGCCACCACCUCCAACUCCUGGACCCAUGGGCAACUGUGCUAUCCUUGCCAGCAGGCAGCCUGUACCCAGACUGCCACCUUCGCCAUCAGUAUCCUUGGUUUGUGAGUUGCAGGCCUGGCAGGGGCUGGCAUGGUCUAGGGCACCACAGCCAAAGGCCUGGGCCUCAUUACUGCUAUUUGACCAGCAUCAGAGGUUGUUGAGUGGUCGCUGGCGUCUCCCACUUCGGGCCCUUCCACUGGACACCAGUCUUACCCCAGGGCAGCUGAAUGGAAUUCCCCAGAUAGCUCAGGCUGAACUCUUUCUACGGCUGGUGAAUGCAAGAGAUGCAGGUGUCCAGACUCUAACAGAGGUCAACCCAGCAAAUGCCCAUGAGUACCAGUACCCACCUCCGGUGUCCAGCUCAUCUUCACUGGAACCCAGCUCACUUGCCCCAAUAGCUGGCUUUGUCGACCCACCUCCUGCUGCAGCUGAGUCUGGUGAUGGCAGAGUUAUGGAUAAAGAUGAUCUGAGUUCCCAAAGUUUCGACCCAUCACCACAGACAUCCUAAAAUGAAUGUGGAAGAGUAGCUUCAGGCAUAAAGCCUACAUUGAGGCCUAUUCUUAGACAGGCAUCAUUACAACUCCAUGUUUUGACACAGGAUCUAGAAGCAAAAAGAUCCAAGCACAAAGAAUAGUAACUGCCAAUCAUAUCUAUAACACUGUGCAUAUAGCCUUUCUCUAUCUGUAUGUAUGUAUUAGCUCUGGCUAAUGGUGAUGUGGGGAAUUGAACCUGGGACUUCUGAAUUUCAGGCAUGAAAAUACUUUUGCAUACCAUCAUGCUAUCUCCUCCAGCCCUCUAACUCUGUUGGGUUGUUUUUUUAAUACAGAUCAAUGUGAGAAAUGAACUCUAAGUAUUUGCAAUAUUAAAGUUCUUUGAAAGGUGA